AUGGCGGAGCCUAUUAAAAUGGAACCAGAAAAGCUGGCCUUGGCCUGCAGUGGUCAAUUGGUUAGAAUUUGGGAUUGGAAAGAUGGGGUUAUCUAUCCGAUCUACAAGAAGGACAAGUUGAACUCCAUAAUUUCAUUAUGUGGAUUUACACUACUAAAUGCUACCGUGCCGCGCCGGAUAUCGCGUUACCGUCCACCGAGACCACAUUUCGAAGUAUAUCACCCGAAGGGACUAAUUGUUUGGAUUCCAGCCGAUGUCGGUAUCACUCUGUUCACUUUUCAUGGCAAAGCGAACCAACGGUUCUUCGAUGAACACGAGAUUGGCGACUGGGCACAAACUAUUUCCCGACCUAAGGAUGGUCGCUUCACCUUUGUGGACCGAAAAGCCGAACUAAAACUUGGUGACGUCAUCUACUUCAAAACAAUCAUGGCGCACAAUGGAAUAACGUAUCGUGGGAACUAUGGGGUUCACGAGGUCAGCAAGUAUUCAGGCACAACGCCGAGAGGCGACGGUGGAGGCGGCCGAAAGACUACCACACUGCCUCCAUUUGUGUAUAAGAAUAACGAACGACGAACUAAAGGUGUUGAUCCGGAUACAACUCGUACAAUUUCGACCCAAACCAGUGCCGAGGAGCUAGGACACAAGGAAUGCGAUACAGCACAAACGCAGGUGAACGGAAGAAGAGUGUGCCCUGGCAAGUUGAUUUUUGAAGAAACUUUUGACGCUGGUAAAUUAAACGAGCGAAAAUGGCGAAUUGAAAAUCGAUUCGCGUCAGAUCCGGAUAACGAAUUUGCGGUUUACGCCGACUUCGAAGAGAACAUCCAAAUACGCAACGGGAAGUUGCUUAUCAAGCCGACACUGUUUGAGAGCAAAUUCGGUCCCGGUUCGACCAAUACGAAAUUUAUGUUUGCUUCUGAGUGCACUGGGGUGCAAAAUUCGCGCGAUUGUAUACGGGAUCGGAAAAUAGAUUUUGAUAUGAUUCCACCGGUUCUUACUGCACAAAUUUCCACUUUCAAUUCGUUCAAAUUUAUGUACGGAAAAAUUCUAAUCCGAGCAAAGUUGCCCAGGGGAGAUUGGGUGUUUCCUCAACUGUACCUCAACCCGCGCAAUGAAUAUUAUGGCCGCGACGAAUAUUCCUCUGGAUUGAUGCGAGUGGCUUACGUACCUGGUGGGCCUCGGCUUCGUAAUCAGUUAUCCGGUGGAGUGCUUCUGAAUAAUGCGGAACCACUACGUUGCUCGAAAAUGUGUACACUUACACGUCCCCGCAAUUGGAGUGAUGAAUUUCACGAGUUUGGCCUUACAUGGAGUCCUGCGGGCAUCUUCAUGGAAGUAAACAAGGAGGUAUACUGCCACAUUGACCCAGAACAAGGCUUCUUUCGGGAAAUGAUGGCCACAAAACCACAGAUAGCAAAUCUAUGGAAGCUGAGUGGAAAUCGCAUGGCACCCUUCGACAAAGAAUUCUACAUUAGUUUAGGCGUCGGCGUUGGCGGUCAUUAUGAUUUUCAUCUAUUCCAGGAGAAACCUUGGAAAGAUCUUUCUGUCAAAGCCAUGCACUCGUUUUGGAGUGCACGAGAUAGAUGGUAUCCCACGUGGAACGUGAACAGUACUCUGCAGGUGGACUACGUCAAAGUAUACGCUAUUUAG